GAAAAAUGAUGAUGCCCUACUGUUUGGGUAGAGCUUGGCAGAAGAAAACUGUUUGCGCUAUUAUUUUUAACUUGAUCGCCUUUUGCAAAAGCUGUGCUAUCGUUCAGACCUCGAGCAGCUCCUUCUUUCGCACUCGCAGAACAAUCAAACAUGGUCACAUUCACCUGCCACAUCUGGGACAACCAACCUGAAGCCCUAGAGUCAUCCCCACAUCGUACUUUUCCCGACGGCUACAGUUUCAACGAUGGUUCUAAUGAUGAGGAUUUAGAUGCGGAGAUUCCAGAGGAGAGUUUUGACCCCGGAGAAGUAUAUGAAAUCCCACUUGCGGAAUAUGUCCCCGACCCGAGACAAGCAACGGUUUGGUUUUUGUCUCUACAGAAUCUUACAGAGUCACAUUUAGAUUGGCUGGACGAACAGCGGGGCCCAUUACCUGGAGGCUUGUCAAGCAUCUCUGGAAUCUACGGACUGGCAGUUCAGAACGAAGACCAAAGAACCAUCUUGAUACAUAUUGCGAGUGGAACAAGAUGCCUGUCCAUUGCAGUAGGGAAGCAACAUCGACGCCCAGAACCGUUCGAUCCGCUGCUACAAGUUCGAAUCCACAUCUCCAACCCAGUGAUGCAAGACCCGGUUGCAGCCCUGGACGCAUGGUUAUCAGACUCAAGUAAGAUCAUUGUAGGCACCGAGAUUUGGUAUUCCAUUUUACUUCUCUAUAAAGAUCUGGGGAUAAAAAGUACCAGCGCUUACGAUGCGCAUGUGCCGCCAAGGGUAAAUGACUCUUUACAAGUAGCAAAGAACGCACGAGCGGAUGAAACGGCCAUGGAUAUCGACUUGUCGACGAAUGAAGAAUUUCGGCAUUUUGUCAGUCUGGCCAUCCUGUCGUACAACGCCUUUAUUGAACGCUGCUCAUGGUCAACCGCACCUGUGCAAGACACAUCAUACGCAAUCACCGAGCUCAACGAAAAGUAUCUUCCCAUGUGCAUGUUCCUUGCUACUACGACAACUCGAGUUGCGGGAGGUGGUCGUAAUCCAUAUAAAUGCGAAUAUGAUCAUCUGAGUAACGAAGACAUGUGGGGUCAACGGUACCUCAAAGUUCAGCAAAGCCGUUUUGCAACCCGCGUGCGAGAAAACGAUAAAGUGACCAUCCAGCUGCAAGAUGGGUGUGAAGUCCCCGGCGACAUUAGAAUCGUCAAAGGAAAAUCAGCGUUUAUUACCCCAUCGAUUGAUCCUGAUCAGGUUGUGCAGAUCAUUGUACUUCCGACGCAAAAGGGAUUAUCUGGUGAUACAACGCUGUGCAUUUUUCUCAAAAAACUGUUGUCGGGAGACAUGAGUCUACUCAACGUCUUUACUGAGACACUGUUGUCGCCGCUAACACGCCUCUACACGACGCAGCUGGACAUGUACAAGCCCGACGUUCAUCAGCAGCCGAUAACGAUCCAGAAACAGUCAGAUGAAACAAGGAUCGAUGGUCCAGAGGUAUACAUUCCAUAUGGGGACGACGAAGACGAUCUUGCAGGAGUCAACUUUUUUGGACUCAACAAUGCCCAAGCUUCCGCCGUUCAAAUGAUUUUUGCUCCAAAACACGAAUUUCCCGCUUUGUUUAUUUACGUCCAUGGACCACCUGGGACGGGAAAAACCACCGUCAUCAGCACCACCGCAAGCAUUCUCUCCAAAAUCUUCACCAGACUGCCCAACGAACAAAAGCCUCAGUUCCCCGUCCUCCUCGUCGUAGCCAAUUCAAACAUUGCAGUAAAAAACGUUGCAGAAAAGCUCCAUCGCACCGGGCACACCCAGUUCUUAACGGUUGUGUCAGAGGAUUUCUACUUUGAAUGGCACGAAGGCCAAUAUUUCGAAUUUUCGGACCGGAUCGUCAUUAGCAAAAGGAUACCCGAGAAUUCACGGGCACGUCCAUACCAAAAAGCGCAAGAGAGCUGUGUGUUUUUGUGUACGUUGAGUAUGAUGAGUAACGCCAAGAUGAUGACACGGGUUCUCAAGAACCGAAUUGUGAAAUGGCUGUUGGUUGAUGAAGCUAGUCAAGCGGAUUUAGCUGCUUACCCUUGGGUACUUUCCCAGUUGCCCACAUUGGAAAAGGUAGUGUUUCUCGGAGACGAACACCAACUCCCCCCAUUCGGCUUCCAAGUAACAAACGUAUUCCACGCCUUUGACGCCCUGGAACCCCUCAAAGAAACCUUACCGAAAACAGUCUCCUCCAUCCAUCUACGAACCCAAUACCGCCUCCCACGACCCCUCGCAAACUUUUUAUCCGAAAACGUGUAUAAACCUAUAGGACUCGUUACACCUGAAUCCCGACCAGAAGACAAUACAAACAGUGUACUCUGGGUAAACGUCAGUGGCCGUCAAAAAAAGCAAGGCCACUCUUGGACCAAUCAAGGAGAAGCUACUGUUAUUCAUCGAUUGAUAUCCGUUCGUCGACUCUACGAAACACCUUCUCGUAUUGCUAUUUUGACGGGAUACGAUGCCCACCGUGCCCUCCUCAGAAACAAAUUCACACAUCGUGAUUACGCAUGUCGUGAACGAUGCUACAAUAUUGAUUCCUUUCAAGGACAUGAAGCGGAUAUUGUCUUUGCUUCUCUUGUCAGAACGGAUGGUGUAGGUUUCAUGAGUGAUCGACAGAGGAUAAACGUCAUGUUGUCCAGAGCCAAAAGAGAGUUACUGGUCGUUGGGGACUUUAUGCAUGCUAUUAAUGCAAAUGCGGGGUUGAUGACCGUCUUUGCACGUUGGUGUGCGAGUCAAAAGAGGGUGGUGAGCGUUGUAGAGUACAUGAAAAGAGUUGCGCAAAACGGCAUGGACCUUGAUGAACAUAUUGAGGGGGUAUGAGCUAAAAGGGUGGAUUGUUUCUUAGCAAAAUCUGUUGUCGUAGCAUUUGUGAUGCUUCAAUUUGGGGUAUUAAUUGUAUUUUUGCCAUUUUUCCUUUCAAAAAACCUUGCCAGCGCAGACCGC